AUGCCACGCCCUCAAAUUGACCUGGAGCCUUACAGGGAGGAGAUUACUCUCUUAUAUUCUCAGAAUGCACGUAUUGCCAAUAUCCAGACCAUCAUACAAAGCCACGGCGUCAAUAUCUCACUCCGCACGCUCAAAACUCGCCUUUCUUCCUGGGGCCUACGGCGCCAGCUACCUAGCCAAAAUGAAGCUUUGCACGCUCGCCUUCUCACACUAAUUACCGAGGCAGGUUUAUCGGCUAAAGAAACACUCGAAGUGCUACAGAAAGAGGGAUUCCGGGUCUCUGAACCUACGCUUGAAAGGUUACGAAAACGGCUUGGAAUUCAGCUUCGUACAAACUGCCCGCUUCAGCGGCAGCAGCAACGGCUCGAAAUCGAGGUUCUCUUGACUGAGGAGCUUGGAAUUGGCGAUGUCGAAGGCUAUAGGCGUCGGAUUCUCUAUCACCACCUUCGCCGGCAUGGUUUUCUUUUCCCACAGCACCGAGUAUUCGAAGUCUACCGCUCUCUUCGCCCUGACUCACUCCUCCGCCGAUCAUACGAUCUCCAGCGCUCCCGCGGCGAGUAUUGGUGCCCUGGGCCGAAUUUCGUGUGGCAUGUGGAUGGUUAUAUGAAGCUAGCGCAGUUCGGGGUUGAGGUUUAUGCUGCUAUUGAUGGGUACUCUCGUACUCGUACCGUAGUGAGCGUUCUCUCUCAGUUUCUUGACACCCUCGCCGAGCUCUCCUACCAACCGGAGAUUAUUCGGUCUGACCUCGGCUCGGAGACCUCCCUUAUUGGGGAUGCACAAUGGGCGCUGCGGCAGGUGUUCGAUCCAGAGGCUACCCAUGGAGACUGUCUCUUCUCCGGCUCUAUCCCUGAGCAGGUCGCCCUUCUUGCGGUUUAUAUGCCUACGCUCCGCCGGGUUAUUGGUGAGUACGCUAAGACCUGGAAUAUUCAUAAUAUCCGCAAGCAAAAGUCACGGCCGAACGCCGUUACUGGGAAGCCUUUUAUGAAUUAUUUUAAUGCGUCUAAGCCGGAUUACCAGCGCGCAGUUGAUCAGAUGCUGCUUCGCGAGCUCCAGGAGGACGUCCGGGACUGGGAUAAAGAUGAAUAUUUACCCCCUGAUGUCCUUGCUUGGUGCCACCAGCAGCUUCAGGAGAUUGGAGCCGAGCUUUAUGGGCCUGGAAAUGGCUUCAAUCCUGAUAAUUCUCCGUCUCGUGUUCCAGAGGAAGUUAGCCAACCUUACCGGGUCGAAUAUCUCGAACUCCGCCGCCGUGCUCUUCUUCAUGACCAAUUAGAUAAACAUCCAGUGCUCUGUCUUACUACGAAACCCCUCGGUGCAUGGGAUUGGGAGCCUGGAGAGGCACAGGAAGGCUAG